CCCCAACGACGCUGAACUUCGAGAUUCGUCAAAGCCCAUGCAAAUAUCAUUAUCAGUGCACCAGUUGUCCUUGGGCGGUAAUCACCCAGUCUCUCAUCUGAUAGUGUCGUGCAGAUGCACAACGGCAAUGCCAGGACGGAUACAAGUAAGAUAAGCUUGAAAGUAACGGGGCUUGGGAAAAGAGGAUAGGUUUCUUAAGAGGAAAUUUCCUUAAACUUAAGCAUGAAAUGCACUACGGUAACUGAAAACACAGAGUUAAUACUUUCAAAGGAUAAUUUUCUGGAAAAAACCCAAACAAAUGGAGCCUGAAUUGACAAAGGAUUACUUAGGAUUUCUACUGAUAGAGCAGCUUUUUACCCCCAAAAAGCAGAGAUAAGAGGUUUUUGUCAACGUUUUCGUCAAGGGCAAAUUGGUUUAACUUGGAAGUAAGGAUACAUAUCACAGACCGCAAAUAAGAAGAAAACCAAAUUCGGAGAAAAAACCCAACAAGUAUUGGAAGAGAAAUCUUUAAAGAGUGUGACAUUUGAGAUAAGGAAUAACGAACUAACUAAAGGAUUAUAAAAAGAGUUUGACAAUAUCUUUAGGCGGGAUACAAAAUAAGUUACUACUUGAAGAUGAGAAUAACUAAGAGCAAAUAAUGACAUGGUUAUAGACAAGUUAAUCAAGCACUAAAGAACUCCGUGAUUUUGUAUCAAUGAUGGUGCUUGGUUGGGAAAUAUGAUAGAAUAUCUCAAUAUGACGAAGAACAGAAUAUUGGAGCUGGUCUUACUUAAUCUUCUUAAUUUGUAUUAUACCUCAGCCAUGAAAUGUUACCGGGAGAAAUCUUUCGGUGACAAGGCGUUCAACAUCUACUGGUGCAAGAAGCCGCCCAUGACGAUAUGCUGCACGGAGGGAGGUAAAUUCACCUGCUGCGAGGACAAAAGUGCUCAGCACCUGAUGCAGCAACUGCAAAUAUGGGGGUCUGUCUUCGGCAUCGUAUUCCUGGUUGUGGCUGUGUACCUCUACUACAGAGUUGAGAACAACAUAUGUGAUGGAAACAAAAACCUGAAGGAGUUAUGUAUGACGUGCUGUUACUGCAAAUGUAUAAGGAGGAAGAAAAAGAAGGACAAAAUGAUCGAUGACUAUGAAGACAUCGAUGGCAGUUGUGAGAAGAACGGAUCAUUGAGGAACUUCGACAUCGACGUCAUCAGCAUGAAUCGGAUGGAUGAGUCUGAUGGCGCAUGCGCAACCACCAGGCGGGUGUCUUUGAACCUCGAAAAUAUGAGCCACUGCGGCAGUAUCAUGUCUCGGCAGAGUAUCUAUGAGAAAAGGGAUUCUAUAGAGAGCGAAAAUCAGGAAAAUAACCAGAAAGAGACGGCGGAGACCCCGUGUUAGAUCAGGUAGAUUACGAUGAAGUCACAAUAUCAAGUACGAUUUUAGCCCCCUUUGCAAUCUUGGUGGCCAGAACAAAAAGGACGAACAUCUGACAGAUACCUUUUCUAGCGGUAUAAAAAGUUAAGGAUCGGAUCGAUGGUAGGCCUAGGAGUCUGAAUCUCAAAAAUGUUGGGCCGUGUCCGAGCUAAAUGUAUACCUUACUUUGCGAAUUAAACGCGCAUGCUAACCAUCAUUAUUGUAUGUUGAAACAGUUCGCGCUGACUUUUGAUGAAAUCCUUCAGGAUUCUAUAGUUACAGUGUGAUACAAGUAGGCCCUGUUAGAGAAUGACGUAUAGCCAUAAAUAUAACUUUGUUCUCUGUGUUGGUGUCAGAAAAACAGUUACAUGUAUUACGAAACAGCCUUAUACUGUUUUCAUGUUUCCAUGGUCACGUUAUGCAAACUAUGAUAUUGUAAAUAUAUCCUUUUGUGAUAUCACCAACUUAAAGGAGAAUCUGAAAAUGUACAUUAUUGAGGUUUUUUUUGUUAUUUAAAAAAAGAUUGGUUUCUUUAUUAAAGGGAUAUCAUUUGCACGAGGCAAAGCGGGAGGUGAGCCAUACAUGUUGGGGGCACUGAACUGGAAGGUAUCGCUUCUAUUUUUAUUUUCAGGGCGUUACUUUCGAUGUUUGCAUUCUAUAUUUCAUCGUCGUUAUGAAGAAAUAAAUAUCCUACUAGUAUUCUCCCUUUAAUAUAUAAAACUCGCCUGAAUUAUUGUGUUGGUGAUACCAUUGAAAUUUGUGCAUGAAUGAUAUGUUUAUAUACUGCACAACGAGCAAGUGAACUUUAUAUUGUGUCUUGAUUGUUAAGCGCUAAGUAAACCAGGCCGGAAAAUGUCUCGGCGGAAAAUGUCUUGGAUUUAAAGCAGGAUUAUAUGUAGCAGCUAGGGGAUGUCCAAUAAGUGGUCUCUGGGAGACAACUGCGCGCAGGGGUAAGGGAACGGGGGCUGGUAUGACUUGGUGAUAAAACUAUUCAUCUAAGUGUUUAUACAAGUAGUACCGAUGUACUUAUAGAUAUAGCAGAGACGCCAAUCGGCCUCUAUGUGUGACUUAAGACCGCUUUGCAAAAUACAUGUGUACGUUAUUGUCCAGUACGUAUCACUAAUGGGCCAAUUUGGGAAGGUCCCAUGAUAUAUACACGUAACGCGGUCAGGCAGAGUACAUGCAUGCUAUAUUUCAAGAUACAAGAUUUAAAUCAUACCAAUAUUACGGUAUGGAUUCCCGU